AUGUUGACUGCUUUGAAAACUCGCGGGGUCGGCCCAGGUGAUAAAGGCCAUGCUGGGUUGCUGGGACUAUUUAGGGCAGCGCGGGACAACCUGGCUCCCCACCGUCCUAAGCCCCGACGGCCCAACCCUCCUCCCCACUGCCCAACAGCCAACCCUCCCCACUGUCCCCACACACUGGCAGCCCAACCUGCCUCCCCACCAUCCCAAGACCCUAAGCCCAACUUAGCAUCCCAGAAGACCCGGCGGCCAGGCGGCCCAACCCAACUCCCCACUGUCCGAGCACACCAGUGGCAGAACCCACCUCCCCACUGUCCUCGCGCUCAACCCGCCACCCAACCAUCCCCAUGCCCCAGAGGCCUAUUUUGCCUCCCCACCAUCCCCCGGCCUGGUGGCCCAACUCCCCUCCCCACUGUCCCCACCUCCCCUGCACCAGGAUGGCCCUACAUGUCUCCCCACUGUCCCCACCCCCCUCAGCCUAACCCUCUUCCCCACUGA